AUGCCUUUAAAUGAAUUACCAAGCAGUAGCAAUAAAAUACCCAAGCCACCAACAGAUUUGAUAGUAUUUGUUCCAAUAUUUUUUAGAACUUGAGCAGAUUAUUUUUUUUCAUCAUCUAGGUAUUUAGGAAGAUUUAAUUUAACCCUUUUAUAAUGAUUAAUCAAAGGUGCUUCAUUUUCAUUAAAUAAUUUAUCCUUUAACAUUAUUUCAAGAAUAGGUGGAGAUGA